CUUGCAACCAAAGCCUUUUUAUACAUACUAUAGCACGAUGGGAAACACAGGCGGCGACAAAACAUACCUGGUGGGCGCUGAGGGCCGUGAGCAGAUUAAGCGCAUGAUGAGCCUGGGCAAGCCCAAGCAGGUGAUACUUGAUUUUGGCAACGACAACGGCCUGGACAUCCCAGCCAGCGAGUCCAUCUACGGCUUGCUGGAUUCACUGGGCCACAAGCGCCGCGACAUCCACACAGCAGUACUUGACUCUGUAGUGUGUGCGGCAAUGAGCCGCAUACAGGGCGAGCGACUGCCAUUAGACCAGCACCUGGCAUUGCUGGCCAAGGUGAAGCGGUACUUUGCAGUGCCACAGCUGCAGAAAAUCCCGCUGAUGCUGCUGGCAAAGUGGCCGGAUAACGUGCCUGAUGACUACCGUGAAGCAAUCCGUGGCAGCAUGCAGCUGUACGAAGCGUGUAGCUUGGAUGUGAGGCGCACGCUGUGGCGCAAGGACCUGCCACUGUUCCAGCAGCAUAUCCGGCCGCUGCUGGCAAAGUAUGUCGCAGACGCGCAGCUGCGCUCAAUGUCGCAAGAGAUAUACGGAAUCAAGGUGCAGGAGUACUCGCGCAAACGGCGCCAGCACCCGCUGUUUAUCAAGACGCAGGAUCCGGCUCUGGGCACGCUGCGGCUGGACCUGGCGAUGGUGAUGCACGACUCUGACGUGUCGGUCAUCAUCGAGAGUGACGUGUGCCAUGGGCUGGCGUGGUCGCUGGAUGCGUGUAUCAUGCGGCAGACGAUGGACCCGCGACGCGUGCUAGAGCUGCAGAGCAGCCCGUACUCGCGGCACAUACUGGCGCAGUGCGUGCUGAACAUCCUGGAGGACAUUGCACCGAAUUCUGAAGCCAGCUCAAAGUACCGUGACCUUACAUGGCCUAGCCUGAUACUGACCAUUGGGCUCUCGGCCGGAAGCCUGCUGGUGCAGGACAGGCCAAAGAUCCCGGCCAUUAAUCGCAAUGUUCGAGCCAGGUUCUACCCGUCGCUGAUAUCGUUCAUCAAGGAAUCGAUCAAAUUUGACCGUGCUGUCGGUGUCCACGACGACGAUGCCUAUGGCGGUGGAGUCAAGAGGGCGCGCCGCGAUUCAGCGGGUGCGUAUAGCGGCAGGAGCGGCACUGCGGUGGUGGCAGUUACCGAGGAGAGCGGGCUGCGGCCUAGUCAAGACGAUGUGAUGGUCCUGAAUUCCAGCGAGCUGGCCCGCCAGGUUCUGUACGCGUACCUACUGAAGCGCGUGGCUGCUGGAGAUCUUGGCAUGCUUAAUGUGUGGCUGCCCUAUAUCGGCAAGGGGCUGCCCGAGUUUCUGGGGCUGCCCGAAGGCACGAUCAAGGACCCGCUCAAAGCAGGCAGCUGCGAGGGCCACGCGUCUGGGGCUAAUCCACCGCAGGCGGCCAUUCCCGUGGAAAACGAGAUACCUGCGUUUGAAAUAGACGCAUUCAUUCAAAGCCUUGUGUCGUCAAUCUGCAGCAACAAGGGUGUGUCGGCUACGCUGCUGAACACGAUUGCAAACUGCCUUGACCAGCAGACUCAGCAGAAGAACAUUGAUAGUAUUGACAUCCCUCUGCUGAAUCUGCUGGAUGCGGUGGGCCAGGUCCGCCAUACCGCACACGAGCAGGCCAUUGUGCUGCUGACCGAGUUUGAGGGUGUUCUGGCAGCAGAAUACAGCAACACGAUGCUGGCUCACCGCGCAAGUGCAGGCUAUGCAACCGCCGAUGCCGGUCGUUUCGCCGAGCGCGUUGCGUCGCACUAUGUGGUUGACCCAUCUCGGCUUGAGAACCUGAAGAAGGAAUAUGCGCAGCUGGAGACCGCGUCGCCGCAGCAGGCCUUCAAGUACCGAAUCUGUGCAGCCAACUGCCUCAACUGUUCAAAAUUCUUGUAG